CGUGUGUUUCCUCCUCCCAACCUGUCCGCUGUCUGUCUGUCCUCUCGGCACAGCUUGGAACCGUCCACAGCAACAUGCAGGAUGGCGAGCGUGGAAACAGCAGCAGAACACGAACGCAUUCUGCGGGAAAUCGAGAGCACGGACACCAACUGCAUCGGUCCGACCCUCCGGUCGGUGUACGAUGGUCAGGAACAUGGCCUCUUCAUGGAGAAGCUCGACGCCCGGAUCAGGAACCAUGACAGAGAGAUUGAGAAGAUGUGCAACCACCACUUCCAGGGUUUUGUGGACUCCAUCACGGAGCUGCUCAAAGUUCGAGGAGAGGCCCAGAAGCUGAAGAGUCAGGUCAUUGAAACCAACAUACGUCUCCAGGAGGAAGGCAAAGGGCUCGUCUGUUCGAUGGAGGAGCUGAAACAGUGCCGAGUGCAGCAGAUGAACAUCGCUACCACCAUUGACAAGCUGACCCACUGCCUGCCAGUUCUGGAAAUGUACGGCCGAUUACAGGAGCAGAUGAAGGCCAAAAGGUACUAUCCUGCUUUACGGACUUUAGAGCAGCUGGAACACACGUGUCUUCCUAGAGCCGGUCAGUACCGGUUCUGCUCCAUCAUGGCAGAGAACAUCCCCAAACUGAGGACGCACAUCCGGGACACCGCCAUGACGCAGCUCAGAGACUUCCUGGAAAGCAUCCGCAAACACUCGGACAAGAUUGGAGAGACGGCCAUCAGACAGGCUCAGCUCCAGCGCUCGCUGGACAGCGCCGUCACCCUUCAGCCCAGGGCCCUGAUUGGUCGGCGCAGCAGAAAGGAGGCGGCGGCGGUGGGAACAGAGAGCGGCGGACACGGCGGCAGCCCCAUGUCUGAACAGGACUCUGGUAUUCUGGACGUGGAGGAUGAGGAGGAGGAAGAGGUCCCAGGAGCUCAGGACUUGGUCGAUUUCUCCCCAGUCUACCGCUGCCUCCAUAUCUACACUGUGUUGGGUUUACGUGGUGUGUUUGAGAACUACUACAGGAAGCAGAGGAGGAAACAGGCUCGCCUUGUGCUGCAGCCCCACUCUAACAUGCAUGAAACCCUGGAGGGAUACAGACGGUACUUCAAUCAGAUUGUUGGCUUCUUUGUUGUCGAGGACCACGUCCUUCACACCACACAGGGAUUGGUGAACAGAGCCUACGUGGAGGAGCUUUGGGAGUUGGCCUUGUCCAAAAUUGUUGCUGCCCUGAGGACGCACUCUUCGUACUGUGAUGAUCCUGACCUGGUGCUGGAUCUGAAGAACCUCAUUGUUCUGUUUGCUGAUACUCUGCAGGGUUACGGUUUCCCCGUGUCCCAGCUGUUUGACAUGCUGCUGGAAAUAAGGGAGCAGUAUGGAGAGAUCCUGCUGAAGAGAUGGAACAUCACCUUCAGGCAGAUUCUGGACCAGGACAACUUCAGUCCAAUUCCGGUUUCAACAGAACAGGAAUACAGACAUUACACCUCCCAAUUUCCCCAGCAAGACCCUGAAUUGGAAAAGCUUCCUUUCCCUAAGAAGCUUCCCUUCUCUGAGUUUGUACCCAAAGCCUACUGCCAACUGAAAGAGUUCAUCUAUGCUUGCCUAAAAUAUUCUGAGGACCUUCAUCUAAGUUCCACAGAGAUAGACGACAUGAUCCGCAAGUCGACCAACUUGUUGCUGACCAGAACCCUGAGUAACAGUCUUCAUUACGCCAUCAAGAAGAAGAAUGUGGGCCUGGCGGAGUUGGUGCAGGUGAUCAUUAACACCACCCACCUGGAGCAGAGUUGCCAUUUCCUGGAGGAGUUCAUAACCAACAUAACGAAUGUUCCCCCUGACAUGGUGAACGCCACCAAGCUCUACGGGACCUCAACAUUCAAGGAUGCCCGGCAUGCAGCUGAGGCAGAGAUCUACACCAGCCUGAACGCUAAGAUUGACCAGUUCCUGCAGCUGGCUGAUUAUGACUGGAUGUCGCCCGCUCAAGGAAGCGGGAAUCUAACCACCAGCGACUACCUGGUUGACCUGAUCGCAUUUCUACGGAGCACGUUUAGCGUCUUCACCAACCUGCCGGGAAUGCCUGUAGAGCACGCCACCUUACCGGGGAAAGUAGCCCAGACGGCCUGCAUGUCGGCCUGCAAGCACAUCUCCACCUCCCUGAUGCAGCUGCUGCUGGACCCAGAGGUCCGGCAGAUCUCCAUCGGAGCUCUGCACCAGCUCAACGUCGACCUCAACGAGUGUGAGAGUUUUGCCAGAGCCGGCCCGGUCGCAGGCUUCCAGGGUGACACGUUGCUUCUGGCCUUCAGUGACUUGAGACAAUUACUGGACCUUUUCACCCAGUGGGAUUGGUCCACCUACCUGGCCGACUACGGCAAACCCACCUGCAAAUACCUGAGAGUCAACCCACACACAGCAUUGGCGCUUCUGGAGAAGUUGUUUAAGCCGAUGAAGGAGACGAGCAGGAAGAACGUCGUCCUCGCCCAGUUCAAGAAGGCGGACAGAGACAGACAGAAGCUCAUCGACGCCGUCAUCAAACAGCUCCGCAGCCUCAUCGCGCAGCAUCACACCUAAACAGCGGCUGGUCAAGAGGCCCAUGAGCUCCAUCAAACUCUAUGAUAUGAAACAUCCUGGAGUGGACGGAGCGGCUGUUGUCUACCAAAAAUCUACUUAUUGGAAGCAAAUGUUUAGAACUUGCAAAAUCUUGAUUCGUGCACUUAAAAAGGUCGCCAAGUUUUCCAUCCCAGCUUCUGCUCAUUAGUUGCUAGUCGACCUGCCAUCAGCUGUUUUUGUAAUUUUCCCUGAGAUUAUCCUGAAGAAGAUUCUUCUGACACUGUUAACUAAUCGUCACGUUGAUGUUUUAGGAUGCUACUGAGUCCCUAUAUUUGAUGAGACGCAGCAGAUUUAUGAGCCAAAUCUUAUAAUGCUGCUCCUAAACCCCUUGUUUUCAUCUUUAUCUAGGAGGUUUGAUCUUUUCAUGCAGGAUGCUAUUAGAUGGCAGACGAGAAGUAUGAGAUGUUAAAUACUUUCAUGGAAAUUAUCUGUUAGGAUUCAUGAACCCUGUAUUUUCCCUGAAACACUUUUAUUAAUCUGACUGAACCGGUUGGGUUAAGCAGCCUCUUCUGGCUCUACUUUUAUCGUCUUCCAUUCCUCUCCUCUUGGUUUCUUGUAGCACAACGAUAAAACACAUUGAAUGUACGUCUGAGAUUCUUUUGCCAUUUGAGAUGUCAUGUUAGGUCGCUUCGUACUCGGAAAAGCACUGAAAUAAAGACUGGAGCUAAAGCGAAUGCAGGAUUUUACUGCAAUAGAUUAUAAAACUACACAGCAACACUUUUCCUUUUUAAAGGGAUGUAGAAGAUUGUGUGAAACUAAGUGCACCUGAGGGGUGUGCUUUCUUUUUAAGACGACAGUAGUUUGGACUCUGAAGUGGUUUUGAGUGAAAGCCAUGCAAAGGUAAGAAAGAGGGGGAAAAUAAAUCCAAU